AUGGCGACACAGGAUCCCUCGGAGAUCACAAAGCUGGUCCAUGAGCUUGAGGAAGCUCGGAAGAUGAGCAAAGACGCGAAAAAGCGACGCUUCACGUGCAAAAAGUCCACCUUCACAGUCGCGGGCACUCAAGGGGUCACGGUCGACUCGUGGAAGUUCAUGGACUGGGAUUACAAAAUGCCAAACCUUCCAAUUUACGCGCGAGGUCUGUUCACAAACACGGCGGAGGAUGGCACCGAGGCCUCCGAGAUUGCCGUCAAAGAGAACGGCUGCAUUAUCUUCAUUUCCGGGCUGGAGGAUGAUAAAUUGCUAGUCUGCAGCAAGCACUCCACGGGUGUGCGGAAUGACUCCGACAAAAGCCACGCGCAGGCUGGCGAGCAAUGGGUGGAACGAUACGUCACAGCCUUGGGAAAGACUACAAAGGACCUAGCCCGGACACUUCGCGAGAUGAAUGUCACAGCGACCGCCGCUGGCAUCUACCUGCACGGUCUGAACUACAACCAGACUGAAUUCGCUACCAUGUCCGGAGAUAAGGUUCAUGAAUUCGCGGAUGCUUGGGGCUUCAAGAAGACCAAAUACGUGGUUUACGAUGACAUCGCAACGGUUAGACAGUUCCUGGAGAGCUGUGCGGAGACUGGUACCUGGGAUGGACGCGAAACGGAGGGUUUCGUGGUUCGCUGUCAGAUCAGUGAUCGUCGCGACAGUGGCUAUCGCGACUGGUUUUUCAAGUACAAGUUCGAAGAACCGUACUUGAUGUACCGCCAGUGGCGCGAAUGUACCAAGGCGGUAAUCUCUGGAAAGCUUCCCAAGAUCAAGAAGCAUCAAAAGAUCACGGAAGAAUAUCUCAACUUUGCGCGCCGGGAGUUUUUGAAAAACCCCCGGCUGACGGAGGAGUAUAACCACAAUCACGGAAUCAUCUCUUUACGGGAAAAGUUCCUGCAGGAGCGUGGAUUGAAAGGAUCUGAGAUUAUCGCCCUGGAAGCUGAGAGCAGUCAGGCUCGAGAAACCACAAAUCAUGUCAUCCUUGCCCCUAUCGCCUCUCUUGGCUGCGGAAAGACGACGAUUGCCAUUGCUCUGGUUCACCUGUUUGGCUGGGCUCAUCUCCAAAACGACAACAUCCCCAAGCAGAAGGGAAAGCCUCAGAAAUUUGCAUUCGAGAUCACCAAAGCCAUGGCCACACAUCCUGUGGUUGUCGCCGAUCGUAACAACCAUCAGCGUCGGGAGCGGAAGCAGCUUAUGGAUGAUAUCUUCCCGGUGAUUCCUGAUGCGCAGUUUGUUGCUCUUCACUUUGUGCACGAGCCCAAGUCGGAGUUGCUUCCCGCUAUCAAGGAUAUGACUCGGAAGCGAGUGCUCGAGCGUGGCGAUAACCACCAGACGAUCCGGGCAGGUACUAAGAACCAGCAUGAAAUCAUGGGUAUCAUGGACGGGUUCCUGGCUCGCUUUGAAGGCGUAGACGCCGAGCGGGACCCGGAUGUGAACUUUCAGCAUGUUAUCGAUCUUGACGUCUGCUCUUCGUCUCGUGAGAACCUCGAGACAACUGUCAAGGCUUUACAUGCCGCGUAUCCCCGUCUGGUACCUACCAUGCCCUCUGCCGAAGACCUUGAUCAGGCGGUAGAGGCUGCCCUCACAGACUACCAUGUUCAGGAGGAUCUGAGCAAAGGCUACAGUGCGCCAAAGCCAAAGAAACAAAAAAACCCCACUGGAAACAACGCAACCGUCCCCAUCGUGUCACAGAAUAAUCCUCCGGCGACAACACCCAGCGUUUUGGCCAAGAAAAUUGAAUAUUUUGGCGUCUCGGUUCCCGGUAGCCAAAUCAACUCGACACUUCAAUCCCUCUUCGACGACAAAUCUCCAGAAGUCGCCCAACUUUACCAUCACCUUCAGCAAUCACGCCGCAUCCAGCCCUCCUUCCACGUUACUCUCAUUCACCGCGCCUCCUCCAAAGAUCAUGCCGAGAUCUGGGACCGCUACACGAACCAGUACAUCAGCACCCUGACUUCCAACCCUGUUGCCGACGCCGUUGCCAACCCCCCCAAACUCGGGGUUGCCCGCGUCCGCCUUGAGCGUCUGAUCUGGGACGACAGAAUCAUGACCUUUGUUGUACGCCUCUUGCCGUUCGAAGGAGACAGCCAUGCCGAGGGUGUCGCAGAUGCGGGUCUACCGUGCGCGAAUGCCAUCCCUCACAUCACGGUGGGCACGGUCUCGCCGGCUGUGAAACCAAAGGAGAGCAACGAUCUGUUGCAGCGCUGGCUUGAGGUGGGGUCGGGUGGUGACACGGGCAUCUUCGAGGCGGAGGUGCCUGGUGUUCAGGUUGUCGAAGGACAGAUUCACCCAGUCAUGAUGCGUGGCAGAUACUAA